UCCGUUCGAGACAUGUAUUCGCCAUUUUGCUGCCCCAGUGUGUGUUUAUAUGUACAUUUGUGUGAGUGUGAGUGCGUGUGUGUGUGUGUGGGCUCUUGUCGAGGUAGAAACCCCAUGUAGCUCCUAAAUAUCCACCCCUGAAGACGCCGGGCUGAGAGCAGACAUGUCCUGCAGCUAAAGGCAGAAGUGCAGCUACUGCAGCGCGGACAUUUAAACGCUGCCGUGCAGUUUCGCCCAGGGUUGUCGAAAAGAAACGGACCAGGGGGAAAAUACCAGCAGAUUGAUGGACAAAAUCGUUAUCAUCUUUCUUCAAUAAGGAUGAAGGCACAAAGUAAAGGCGAGGAACAUAAAUGUCCUCAGAGAACUGUCUUGGCCUCCUUGGGUUUUCAUAUCUGACCACAUCCAAAAGAACACCAAUAAUGAUACCUGGAUUGAUUUCCCAGGAGUUACAUGAGCAGCUUCUGGACCUGAAGAAUUACCAGAGGCGCACAAAUGGGGUAGAAGAGCUAAAACAAGUCCUUGCAGAAGUGGACAUUAAGUCAAUCCCAUCUGGUGGCAUUGAGGAGCUCAUCAAUUUUCUUCCCCGACUUCUAGACGACAGUAAUUUUAAGGUGCUAUACGGCACUUUACAGGUUUUAAACGUCCUAAUUCAAAAGCUAGAAACAGGAGUAGACAGAUAUUUCAAACAUAUAAUUUUAGUGGCCCUCAAGGCCUUGGGGGACACUCGCACUAUCACCAGGAUUGAAUACCUCAAUGUGUUUCAGCAGCUGAUGAAAACGGUUGCUCCACAACAAAUAUUAGAUCUUGUAAUUGGCAACUUGGCGCACAAGAAUUCCAGGGUACGGGAAGAUGUCCUUAACAUCAUUAUGGCAGCUAUGCUCACUCAUCCUAGGAAGGAUUUUAAUAUCCCCAAGCUUUGUUUUGAGGUUGCACCAUACUUGGCAGACAGCAAGCGAAAGGUCCGCCAUGCUGCCCUUGAGUUGUUUGCUGUUUUCGACUAUUGCCUUGACACGGGUAAGAAGCAGCCUUUAAGGAAAGCUGUGGACAUGGUUGAGCUGAAUGAGGAUGCCGGGGGUCUGAUGGCUGCUGUGCAGGCAAGACGAGCGAGGCAUAUCCUUCCAAAACUGUCAUCAGAAGGGGUAGUGGAGUAUGGGUUGGUGGUGCCCAAGUCUGGACAGUGGUGCGUGGGACCGUAUGCAUCUGGAGCUGACCUGGACUGGGUGAUGAACGGAGGGCGAAUAAGCAGUGCCAAGAGCUACAGAACUGAACCGGACUCUGAAAGAUUAUAUGGCUAUGGCAGCUUAGGCUCCCUCACCGAUGACCUUCCACUUCAGAGGAGGAUUGUGAGCGCAGGCAAAGGGAAGAACAAACUACCCUGGGAGAUGUCCACCUUCUCCAGUGAGAAUGAGCAGCAGCAGUGCACUUCACCUAAUGGAAAGUCCUCUGACCAGGUAGGAGGUGGGGAUUUCAUCCAUCCAUCCAGGAAGCCAGAUACCUACAUACCCAGUUUCAGUCCUGCAGAGUCACAGAAGACGCCUUUUUCUAGAAGGAGGGAGUCUCCAGUACAUCUCAGAAGAAGUGGAAGCCUCAACUUAGACACUGACAUCUUUAAAACUACUAACUUCAAUGACCCAGAUGUUGUGGCACCCAAAGGACGUAUGCUCCCGAGGAAUCCCAGUGUUGAGCGAACUUUUUCCCUCCCAUCAACCUCUACCGCACCGGGCUCCUUCCUUCUGCCCUCCCUCCCACUGGCUAAACACCCCGCGGGCAUGCUUACUCCAACGCUGCCCCGCCGUCAUGCAGACUCCUCCCUCUCAAUGUCCAACACCUGGCCCAACAAGAGAGAGAACAGUCCUCACCAGAGAGAAGCAAGCCCCUGGAGAGAGACAGCUGACACAGCCAAGGGAGAAGUCUCUAGCAGACGCUCACCCAGGCCCCUUCGUGCCUCCCUUGUGAGUUCCUCUUCCACCUCAUCGUUCCGGCAGGCCCUGAGUAACACAAGAGCAACUUUCUGUAUUUCACCAGUGGUCCCUCCAGCAGAACAGCUCCAUGCUCACAAUGCCCUGAGAUAUACUACUACUGGGAGCCAUCAGAAUCAGCAACUUGAUAAGAAUGAUCAUCUAGAACAUGAUAGAAUCAGUGCCUGGCAAGAUGUGCAGGGGGAUGAUCCCAUGGACAUGCAGGAGAUGAUGAACUCCCUGCGCUCACUGCGUAACAGCGCUGCCAAGAAGAGGGCCAAAGUUAGCUCUAGUAGUCCAGAUCCUGACAGUCCCGACUCAGCUAUGAGGGUGGAUCUAGGUCUGGACUCACCGAUACACACCUCUCCAAUGCUCACCAGCUCGGUCAGUGAGAGUGGCCUUUCCAGUCUGAGCUCCGUCAUCAACUCCAGCACCAAUGGCAUCAAAACCAGUCUUAGAAACUCAGCCUCUUCUGUAAUGAAACCUCCCAUUGCAAGAGUGCCUUCUGCAAAACUGAGGUCUUCUGUGUCAAUGGACUUUGGCAAUCUUCAAGUAAUGACCCAGCGAAACAAACUGACAUCUGAAGUGGAUGUUGUUGGGCAGAGAGUCACUUAUUCCAACAGAGCAAUCAAGACUGAAGACGAUACAGUAGCUCUGUCCUCUCCACCGGUCAAGCCAGCUUUCCAUGAAUUCAGCAGACCUUUAAAGCUUGGCAAAGGAUCCCAGAGUCACGGCAGCAGUAGGAAUUCACCAGUAACAGACAUGCUGGAGGGAGUGAUUGGACGAGGCAUGUUUGGUGCUGCAGUGUCGUCCAACUGUCCAGGAGUUCCCUUGUCACUUGAGCAGGGUGAUUCGGCAGCUAAACCCCCCGCUGAUCCUUCAGCAGGCAAUUACAGCAAUCGCCCAGACAGCAGUGACAUCUUUUGUCCUGAUGAGGCUAAAGAGAGGGUGAAGAAUACGCGGUUUGGCUGGGAUCAAACGAGGUUACAGAGUCUGGAUCAACUAGACAAUCAGUUCAGUCAAGGGGACCACGCAAGAGAAACGAUCCGCUACCGUGUCAGACAGAUGUUCUCUGAUUCACCUAGAGAGGAAAACAGAGACUUGAUCAUCAAAGAUCUGCAUCUGAACGGCAGCACUGUCACAUUCACCAAAGCAGACCCUCUCUCUGAUGAAUCCCCCAUCAGUGCCACCAGUCCUGCCAGCCCUCCAGGACAGAGUCCAAUAAAGUGUUUCACUCCACCCCACCAUCCAAGCCCCCCUACUGUGCCCCCCAACCCAAAGAAGGGGUCUCGUGUUAGAAGGGCACCGAGUCUCAGCAGGACCCAACCCUCGUUGUCUCACAGUUCAGCGGACCAUUUAGAUGAGCUGUCCCAUGGUCCAGUGAGCCACAAGAAGAAUCUCUCGGAGCCCCCAGAGCUGUGUCCAUUUUCAAAGCCCGAACUGGCACUGACACAGAGUUUCAACCUGCUGAACUCUGAAGACUGGGAGAAGAAAAUUGAAGGUCUGAUGUCCCUGCGCUCUUUAGCCCACUACCACUCAGACACACUUCAAGUCCGGCUCCAUGAAGUGUGUCUGUCUGUCAUUCAAGAGGUAAAGAACCUGCGGUCAAGUGUGUCCAGGGUAGCGAUGUGCACACUGGGCGACCUGUACACACAUCUGCAGAGAAACAUGGACCAGGAGUUAGAGGGGACAGUCAAAGCGUUACUACAGAAGGCUGGGGAGAGUAAUGCUUUCAUUAGACAGGACGUGGACACGGCACUGGACUGCAUGGUGCAGCACUGCACCCCGACCCGGAGCAUCACUGCUUUACUGUCAGGAGGACUCAGUCACCUUAGCCCAGUGGUGAGAAAAUGCACGGCUCAACACCUGACCGAUCUGGUUGAGAAGGUCGGUGCUGCACGUCUCCUGUCCGGGGCUAAAGAUCUCACUGACAGGGUUUUACCUGCUGUCACCAAACUUGCACAGGACUCCUCACAGGAAGCAAGGUACUUUGGCCGUCGCAUGCUGCUGUUUAUGUCAUCCCACCCAGACUUUGAGAAGAUCCUAGAGAAAUAUAUCGCUACCAAAGACCUGCAGGCUGUCAAAGACACUCUCAUCACUCUCAAGACAAAGGGUCUUGGUGAUAUGCCACAAGACACUCAGUCGGCCAGGGGGAGACGAUCCCUCCCAGGCAGCGGCACAGUCAGGGCCUCUUCUCUUAACAGAGAACCGCUCAGUCAGACCAACAGGGAGUCUAAUAGCCACCGAAGUUACAGAUCGCAGAAGAGUGUUGUGGACAAAACUGAAUACAUCAAUCAGAUCUCGGGUCUGCUGGGUUCAAAGGACUUCAGGGAGAGGAUUAAGGGCAUCGAUCAGCUAGUGGCUGACUGUCAGCACAACCCCAACAUGGUCAUCAAAAGCAUAUUCCCGCUGUUUGAUUCCUUUAAAGCCCGACUGCAAGAGUCCAACAGCAAGGUCAACCUUCACGCCCUGGAGUCUCUGCAGAAAAUCAUACACCUGUUGAAGGACAACCUGUCCCAGGUGGUCAACAUCCUGUUCCCAGCAAUCGUGGACAAUCACCUCAACUCCAAGAACAACGCCAUCUACUCUGCUGCUAUUGGAGCGAUUAAUGCACUAGUUUUGAAUAUUGACAACUUACUUCUUCUUCAGCCUUUCUGCACCAAGGCUCAGUUUCUAUGUGGCAAAGCAAAAAUUGACCUUAUUGAAAAAGUUGCAGGCCUUGUUACAGAGCUUUACCCUCGCAAGCCCCAGAUGGUGGAGCAGAAAGUGCUGCCCUUACUGUGGCACCUCCUCGGCACCUCUACUCACAGCGGCACCAUUCAUGGCAGGGGCGGCAGUUUGCGGGGUGCUACGGCAAACCUGUGCCAAGCCCUUUAUGCUCAGAUGGGUCCGACCCUGACUGAGUGUGCUGCCUCUCAGCCUACCAAUGUCCAUAAAAGUUUAAAUGAGAUCCUGAGGACCUUAUCUUAAACCCAAUCAGAUAUCACCAAAUGUUGGAAGACAACAUUAACACUGACUUUACUUGAAGAUAGAGAUGUUCUACAUUUCUUAUAGUGCCUGCACUUUUAUAUCAAUAUUAAAAAAAAAACAAGUCCUUAAAAAUAAGGAACUCUUGCUCUCAUCCCAGUGAGUUCCUCUGCUACGUAAGCAUUGUAACAUACCCACAUCAGGUCUUACACAUAGUCAACCUGCUCUUUUUGCACUUUAAAAACUAGCUCGUUGUCAUACCUUCUUUUUGCUACAUUAUAUGUACUGUUGACAAAUCAAGACUAUUGCAGAAUGUAAACUAAAAUGCACAAAAAAAGGAAGACAGGGACAUGAAAGUUGUAUAUUUUUGACGUUUCUUCAAAUUGGAUGUGAUAUUUUUGAACAGUUAUAUCUAGAUGAAAUGAGAUUAACAAGAAUAGUACAAAAUACAUUUGUACAGCUCAGAUGUGUAUUUGCACAGUAUUCAUUUGUAUAUAUGCUGUAUGAUGGUACAGUUAUAAUUUAUCCAUUGUGUAAUGGUUUGUCAUGGUAAUGAUGUGCUUAAUUGAUAACAUCUGUCUUUUGUAUGAUCAGAAUGAAAACUGUAUUUUUGUUAAGGAGAAGAGUGAGUUUACUCCUGCAGUUGCCUGAGAAACGGUGGAGGCCUCAGUCUUAUUUGUCUCAGUAUAGUGCCAGUCUUCAAGUAGCCUUGUCAGCGAUAUAUUACUUUGCUUUGUAACUGUAUAACUAAAUUAUAAUGAACUCGUGAACAAGAGACGUCAUA